AUGGUCGAAGAGAACCUUUUCGCGCCCAUAGAAGGCAAACCAUCGACAGGAAGCAUAGCAGCCACGCUCGAGUUUGCCGAGCUGCAGCAGAAGGCGCGCGAGGAAGGUCGAGAGGACUGGAGAGCGCUGGAGGAUGACGUCUCCAAGAGGCUCAAGGCGAGAAUGGUCACCGUCUCGUUGACAUUGUCUACUGAGAUCCAACAACGACUGCCUUCUGAGGGCGUUCGCUGGCUUUACCUGCGAAACGAAUGCAAGCGCAUUCUGAAUGGACGGAUGGAUAUGGAGGCUUUGCUGUUUGACGAGAAGAUGGAUUUAAUUGCGAUCAGUCAUCAGACGGCGGUCCUUAUUCCUCCUCCAGCAAGUCCACGGCAGAGGCGCUCCAUCUCGGUUGAUAUAGCUUGCAUUUCGUUCGUCGACGAGAACAAACUCCUACCGCUGGAAAUCUGA